AUGCCAUAUAACUCUGAAAAGAACACUCGCCUUCGCGCUCGACAGCUACAGCUCCUCUACGUGCUGCACAAAGAUAUCCCAUAUCCCUACGCAGAUCAGAUCACCAGUGAAGACAUUGCCCUGGCUAAUGCGCUUGAGCCCUGCUGGACGCACAGCCUUGCCUCACCCAAAUAUGUUCUCACCUAUCCUUGGGAGUGGGUUACGAAGAAGGGAUCUCUCGCUGCUGUGCUUCGCAGCUUCCGUGUAAAGGCCGAGGAGCUACUUGAUGCUCAGCCGCUGCUUGACGUAUCGGAUAUUGAGAUGCAAUCGGACGUAAACGGUGAAACAGAGAUCUGGGAUAAAACGAGCUCUGGCGAGAUGGUCGAGGAGCAAAGGUGCAACUCCCCCCUAGUGCUUAGGUCAAUUCCAGUCAAUGGACUGAGUAGGUUGAGGAAGGGGCUUUAA